GUUGGUGCAUUCAUCGAUAACUGCAAAGACAGGGUUUUUAAUUUAUUUUAACUGCCUCAUUUUAUUGCAGCGGCUAAAAUGCAUUUUAGCGGAGUAUUAAUGAUGGCAUAUAUGGUUUUACCUUCCGUUUUAGCUGAGGAUGUCAGUUAUCAAGCUUGUGUAGAUAAGUAUUCAAGAAAAGGAUAUCAACCUUGGCAGGAGUGGUCGGAUCAUUACACUUGCCACCGGUAUAGAUGUGAAAUCAGAGACGGAAAAUACUUCAUAGCUGCGGUUGGUUGUCGAAAACCGAAAAUCCCUGAAAAUGCUUUGGAAUGCCACGAAUAUAUUGAAGAUGAGAACGUGGAAUUCCCAACCUGCUGCGCUCGUCUGAGAUGCGUUGUCGAAGUGAACGGGGAUAGAAUCGUUCAAACUAGAGGACAACCUGGAGAGCUGUUCCCUGAUAAGCCUUGGAAGGGUCAGCAGAAUGAGCCGAACCCUGCCGUGGUCGGCAUGGCAGGCAUCCCGCAGCCCGUCACCACCGACCAACAAGGUCAAACGGCCCCUGGAAUGUUCAACAGCAGAGCGGAGGGAACUGAUAUUAACGGAAGGCGCUAUGUAGACCCAUUCCCGACUCAGCAAAUGCAAGAAUCACCUCGCAAAAAGAGAUCUCCGGCUCAUAUGAUCUCUAAGAGAAACCAAGAAGCUGAUGUAUACCCUAACCAUUCCAUUCAUCGAGCUAAAGUUCACGGCUUUGUCCCGGAAAAAUACACGUCCUACUUCGCAACUGGCUCCAAAAGCCACGGCCAUCCCAAAUUAUUUUUCAAUUAUUCUUAGUUUAAAAAAUAAUCAUGCCUAUCAACAAUUUUAUCUUAUUAAAUUCCUCACACUUCAUGUUGAAAAAUCAGUUGCAAUAGCUUUAGGUACUAGUAAUAAGAUAAAAUACUUUUAUUUGUUUUGCUUGAUCUUGAGUAAUGUUUUCAUACUCGUUGUUUUUUCAAACUUUGUUUAAUAAACUAUCUUAGGUUUGUUGAAAAAAAUAAUGCAAUUAGAAUAAUGUUUCCUUGUCCGCUGUCCCAUGUUGAAUAAUGUAAUAGAGCUGACAAGUAAACUACUAUAGUUUUCGUAUUUUUCUGGAAAUUAAAAUAUUUUGGAUUAUUCAAAUACCAUAGGGUUUUUAUGUUUGAAACGGUAUAAGAAUAGAUGAUUUAGCACUAAAAAUAUAAGAGCACAAUAAUAUUUAAAGCGUGUAAAGUUUUUUUGCUAUGACUGCUAUCCUUAUUAUAUAAUGAAACAAACUGUAAUUUUCAUUAUGAAUAGAUGUAUUUAAUUCAAUAAAAUAAUUUCUUUCACGGAA